CUGAUGAUCAACUCUCAUUCUGUGAGUUCUGAACUUGCCAUACAGAGCUGUCACCACUUCCACCAGCUAAGAAAACUGAACGACCUGAAAAUAUGACACUCCUUCUACUUCUGAUCAUGAUCUAUGGCCUGGAUGGUGGAGAAUGUGGAGGUUGUGAAGGCAGUGGAAUUCUAAGACUAACAAGUACCACAAAGGGAUUUGAUAUUGAAAUCUCAUUGGAAUCUGGACCCUUCAUUACUGUUAAUGACACUGCAGAACAAUUAAGCUGUAAUUCAAAAACAAAUUCAUGUUAUAUUGAGUGCUCCUAUGAAGAUUUUUUUGUGAACAAAGCCUCCAACGAAAUAAAAGAAUUACAACUGUGUGUGCAAAAGCAAAACACAAAUAAAACUGCAUUCGAAUUCAGCAUAGUAAACUAUACAUCACUAUGUAUUGUGGUGUAUUGCUUGCCUGAUGAAAUAAAAGGCCUCUUGGAGACAAAAGAGAAUCAAAUGAAUAGCCCAAAAGGUCUGAGAAGCAUUCUCAAUAUUAAAAAAAUGUGCCAAGAAGUGAUCCUUAAUGAAGCUGUUGUGGAUACCUACAUUAGAGUGGAGAAGUCAGCCAUAGAGAGUGUUAUAAAUAUGACUGAGCAAUCCAAGAAUUACACUCAUGAAGAUCUUUCCAUGAUUGUGGUUAUGAUGAAUUUAAGCACGGCAGACGAUUAUGUACCAAUAUCCGCUCCAAGAGUAUUAGGUGUUAAUGAAGUUGCAGAGACAUUGAUCCCGGUGAAGUCUUUCCAAAACGGAAGCAAAAUUGGUGUAGUUACCUACGAUUCCGAUCAGCAUUUUAAGCUUAAACUGGGAAGUAAAAUUGUUACCUCGAAAAUCAUACGGAUUGAAGUCCCCGAACAUGACUUUGUGAAAUUGACCAAUCGACUUAAAAUUCAGUUUAAAGUUAAUCACAGUUACACAAAUCACACAUCUAACUACACCCUGUCCUGUCAGUUCUAUGAUGCAAAUGAGAGAAAAAAGGUGGACAAGUGGAAAAGUGAUGGUUGUCUUACCGUUAAUACAAGUGAUGAUGUUGUGGAGUGCUCCUGUGACCAUAUGACCCCUUUUGCUGUGCUUCUUACUAACUUGGAGAUAUCUGAACAGCAAUGGGAAAUCUUGUCGUCCAUCAGCUACGUUGGAUGCGGUCUGUCUGCGUUCUUUUCUGCUUGCUCUGUCUUGGGGUUCAUGUUCAACAGGAACUCAAGGGCAGAAGUGUCCAACAGCAUCCAUGUGUCUCUGAGUGGCGCUCUGUUUCUCCUCAACAUCAGCUUCAUGCUCAGCGAAUGGGCUGCCACACUGACAGAGAAAAAUUUCUGUGUGUUUAUCGCUGUGAUGAUACACUACAGCCUGCUGAGUUGUUUCACCUGGAUGGCUGUUGAAGCCUUGCAUCUGUACCUUCUUCUCAUCAGAGUGUUCAACAUUAACAUCAAACACUACAUUAUCAAGUUGUCCCUGAUCGGAUGGGGAGUCCCCGCUGUUGUUGUUGGAGGUUUGCUGUCAGUUUAUAACAUUCAUCCUUUUUAUGGCUUAUACGAGAUGACAUUAUCAGAUACUAACAAAACAAACCCAGUUUGCCUGUUCAUAGAUCCUCUCGUCAUGUAUGGCGUGAACAUUUCCUACUUCACCGUCAUAUUCUUGUUAAACGUAGGAAUCCUAAUCACAGUGUCCAGACAGAUCUUUAAGCUACGACAUGUGGGCAACAAGCCAGGCAAGAUUCCAGUUUGGAAGGACACCGGCACAGUGCUGGGCCUCAUGUGUCUGCUGGGUACAACUUGGGGUUUGAUCUUCUUCAGCAUGGGAUAUACCAACUACCCUAUACUCUACCUGUUCUGUAUCUUAAACACAAUGCAAGGGUUUUGCAUCUUUCUGUGGAUGUGCGGUACAGCGAGGAAAAACAGAGCACAAGCAUCUCAAUCCAAGACUAAAUCCACUGUGGACGUCUCUAAGUAAUGAACUCUCAUGCCAUUUUCUUACUAAAACCUCUGACAUGGUUUUACAAGAAGACAUGUUCCAGCCUCAGCCAGUGACCCACAUAAAUGUAGCCUGGGUUAUGUAAAAAUGACACUCACCACAACAUGCUAACAAGAAAUGGCAAUCUUGAGAAAGUGUCGUCAGCAGUUGAAGAGAACUUCCUUUGCACUGAUAACAGCACUGCAUUAAAGAAAAUUCAGUUCCCUCUUUGUAACUGUACACAUACUAAAAUCUUGAUCUAUGAUCUAUCAUAUCUCUUCGUAAAGCUACUUAUCGUAUCUAACAAAAAUAACAAAAGCUGUGAUUUGUAAAUAAAAAUGAUAUAUAGUUGUAUUUUUAGUGUUGCUGAAUUUAAUAAUAAAUCUAUAAGUGUAAAA